CCAGCCUCCGUCAGUCAGCAUGAAGAGCGCGAGGACGCUGCAGCAGCUCGCCAGCAGAUCCGCGGGGGUGAUAGGAGCUCCGUUCAGCGGGGGGCAGCCUCGUGCCGGAGUGGAGCGAGGCCCGGACCUGAUCAGAGCAGCAGGACUGCUGCAAAAACUGCAGGAGCAAGGCUGUGCAGUGAAGGAUUAUGGGAACCUGCAGUUUGAGGCGGUGCUGGAAGACGACCCGGUGGGGGGGGUGAAGCAGGUCCGGUCGGUGGGCGGCGCCAACAGGAAGCUGUCAGAGGCGGUGCAGGAAGUGAAGAGGGACGGACACACCUGUGUGAUGCUGGGGGGAGACCACAGCCUGGCCAUCGGCUCCAUUCACGGCCACGCGGCGGCGGUGGGGGGUCUGAGCGUCCUGUGGGUGGAUGCUCACGCAGACAUCAACACGCCGCUGAGCUCAUGGAGCGGGAACAUGCACGGACAGCCGAUGUCUCACCUGCUGCACGAGCUGCAGGACAAGGUUCCCGUCCUGCCGAGCUUCUCCUGGAUCAGACCCUGUGUUUCUGCCAGAGACGUGGUCUACAUCGGGCUGAGAGACGUGGACCCAGCCGAGCACUACCUGCUGAAGCUGCUGGGGGUCAAGGUGUUCUCCAUGACGGAGGUGGAUCAGCUGGGCGUGGCCAAAGUGAUGGAGCAGACUUGCGACUACCUCUCUGACAAAGUGAAGAAACCGAUCCACCUGAGCUACGACGUGGACGCCAUCGACCCCUCGGUGACGCCGGCGACCGGGACCCCCGUGGUGGGGGGGCUGACGUACCGGGAGGGGGUCUACAUCGCAGAACAUGUAGCUCAGACAGUUGGUAUCGGGAAACGUUUGAAGGACAUUAUUCUCCGUAAUGAAUGUGCUGGGUCAGGCCUGCUGUCGGCGGUGGACCUGGUGGAGGUGAACCCCCUGCUGGGCAGCGAGGCGGAGGUCGGCUCCACCGUCAGCACCGCCGUCCAGCUGCUGCUCGCCUGCUUCGGACGCCGCCGCCAGGGAGACCACCCCCCCGACUACCGCCUGCCCGAGCCCUGACGGCAGACAGGAUGAGGACGGAGAGGUUCAAAUGAAAAAAGUUAUGCAAGAAAGUGAUUUUUAUUCAACUACAUUAUAAAUGUUUCUCCUGUCAAUCAUAUUUAAUAUCAAUCCAUCUUUUCACUUUCACAAAACAGUAACCCACAAUUAUCCCUGAAUUGAAUCCCUAAAUAUUAUGAAAGUGUUCAAAUUAUGAAGAUAAAUCGCAGAUAUUCAAGAUAUUGAAUUUGAAUAUUGAUGAUUGUUCCCUUAUGUUUGAGAUGCGUUCCUGUAAAAUACGGCAGAGAAUAAUAUGAAACCCCACGGGUCCCUCUGAAAAGUUCAAUAUCAAGGUUUUAGAUUGAUUUUAUAAUAAGUUUAAAACCAAAAGAUCAGACUCAGUCUGAUCUCUGAGCAGAGACGUCUCGUGCUGCUUCAUGAGACCACUGUGCAAAUUCAGAUAAAAAUGUGGCCUUCAGGGGGGGGGUUAAAUAAAGGAAAAGAGACCAAGAGUG